AUGGGAUACAAGGCCUUUCCAGCUCGCGGUGUGGUGUUCUUACUGGGAGUCUUUAUUUUUUCGCAGCAGACAAUCGCUGGAGAUUUGUCUUAUUCUGUCCCAGAAGAGAUGAAACGCGGCUCAGUGUUUGGAAAUAUAGUAAAAGACAUUGGACUGGACGUGAGCAGACUGUCUGCGAGGAAGCCUCGCAUCGAUGCAGACGGAAACGUAAAGCGGUAUUGUGAGAUUAAUCCUAACAAUGGAGAUAUCGUCGUUGCUGAUAGAAUUGACAGAGAGGUGCUUUGUGGCAAAAAGGCUUCCUGCCUUUUAAAGCAGGAGCUCGUACUAGAACAUCCUUUAGAACUACACCGCAUCAACGUCCUUGUCCAAGAUAUCAAUGAUAAUUCACCGCAGUUUAAGAAGAAUAUGAUCAAAUUUGAAAUUCGCGAAUCAGCCUCCAAGGGGAGUCGCUAUCGAUUAGAUGAGGCCUACGAUGCAGACGUUGGUCAGAAUACUGUCCAGGAUUAUAAUAUUGAUGCAAAUGAAAAUUUCAAUUUGAAUGUAGUUGCGAAAAGUGGUGGAGGGAAAUACGGUGAAUUAGUUUUAGAGAAGGAACUGGACAGAGAACACCAGCAAGAGUUAACGAUUCUGCUUACAGCAACUGACGGGGGUUCACCCCAGAGAACAGGCACGACCGUCAUACACGUCACUGUGCUGGAUGCAAACGAUAACGCCCCAGUGUUCAGCCAGGCCGUUUAUAAAUCCAGUGUGGCCGAAAACUCUCCGGUAGACACUGUAGUGGUCACUGUAAGUGCGACUGAUGCAGAUGAGGGAGUGAAUGGAGACGUAAUGUAUGAAUUCGAUCACAUUACUGAUGAGACUAGUAACGUGUUUUCUGUUGAUCCGAAAACAGGUGAAGUGAAAAUUAGUGGACCGAUAGACUACGAGGAAACAACUGUGUUUGAAAUGCAAAUCACAGCUAAAGAUGGACUCGGGUUAGUUUCAUCUUGUACGUUAAUAGUUGAUAUUGUAGACGUGAACGAUAACGCCCCUACUAUCUUCAUUAAAUCACUGACAAACCCAGUACCAGAAGACAUCUCACCUGGUACAGAGGUGGGCAUCAUUAAUGUUCAGGACAGAGACUCUGACACAAACGGACAGAUCCGCUGCUCAGUCCAACAAAAUGCUCCAUUUAAACUAGUUCCUUCCAUUAAAAACUAUUAUUCUCUGGUGACCACAGGACAACUGGACCGUGAACUAGUGUCUGAUUACAACAUUACAGUCAGUGCUACUGACGAGGGCUCUCCUCCUCUGUCCUCCUCUAAAACUGUUCACUUAUCUGUAGCUGACAUCAACGACAACCCACCUGUGUUUGAGGAACAGUCCUACAGCGCAUAUGUGACUGAAAAUAACAAACCUGGCUCCACUUUAUGUUCAGUUACUGCUCGAGACCCUGACUGGAGACAGAACGGUACAGUGAUUUAUUCUCUGUUACCUGGUGAAGUGAACGGUGCCUCAGUCUCCUCCUACCUGUCAGUUAACGGAGACACAGGUGUGAUCCACGCUGUGAGGUCAUUUGACUAUGAACAGUUUAAGAACUUUAAAGUCAACGUCAUGGCCAGAGACAACGGUUCUCCUCCACUGAGCAGCAACGUGACUAUAGAAACUCCUUCAUGA